UUAUACUGUAAAAGGAAGUGAUCACACCGACAGUUUUGUCAGGCCAGACGUUAUUUCGUGGUCGUUGUUUUUCGACUUGUGUUGUUUCUGUUUUUUUUCGUUGACCGACAGAAAAGCAGUUUCUGAGUUCAGAGUGUAAUAGAAAUGAAAAUGAUGGGAGUUGUGUUUUGGGCAGUUGCCGUAUUGUCUUUUACUCUAGGGCAAGAUCUUUCCGUGGGUUCUAUUCCUCAACCAACCAACCCGUCACUGUCAUGUCAGAAUUUUGAGACUUUUCUUUAUUGGAACUACAGCGACACCUCUCUAAAACCAACAUUCACUGUGGAGGUGGCACGGUAUACCUCAGACUCACGUAAUGUUGUUGGGAAUAUAACACAUCAUUAUUGCAACAUCUCCUCCUUUUUCAAUGAUAUUGAAGAACAUUAUUAUUUUACUAUAAAAGCUGUUGCCGGAGUGGAAAGUAGCAGCCUUCGUCUCCCAAAGUUUUCUUUAAAGGAUAUCUGCGUGUUAGAUUUUCCCAAUGUAAAUCUGACGGCUACAGGAACAACACUCAAGAUACGGUUUAAACAUCCUUAUUAUUUCUACAAAAAAAAGAACUCAUCCCUCAAACGAGAACCCAGCAUUGAAUAUAAAUAUAAGGUUGAAUCCAGGAAGAAGAAUGAUCUGAAUCAGUCAUCCACAGUAUCUUUUAUCUGCAAGACGAAAGAAUGUGAAGUGGAUUUGAAGGUGUCAAAUGACAAUUAUUGCCUAUCAUUUAGUGGCAGGAUGUCUGGAAUACAAGUAAACAGUACAGGUGAAAUCUGUACAGAAAACCACCCCACACCAAAGCCUCUAGGUAAAAGCAUAAUUAUCAUCAUUACAGUCAUUCUCUGUAUGAUUGUUAUUGUUUUGCUCAGUCUCUUUGUGAUAUUCCGUAACGUAAUGCAAAAGAAGAACAUCCCUUUGCCAAGCUCUUUGGCUUCAAUGCUGACAGGAAUAAAACCCUACAUGAACAUAAAAAAAGAGGACAGCACCUUUUCUGUGGUAAAACGUGCCGAAACACCAAAUCAGGUGGAGGAGGAGGAGAACGCUGUGACGGAACAAAUUAAAAAUGAUGGUCCUGAGCAUGAAGCCCCCCGCUUUAAAACAGGCUUAAAAAACAUUGAGAGAGAUGAGAUCAUCGUCCAACCAGAAGUCAGUGACCUUGCCUUGGAAGUCAGCCUCAGUGACCAGACUGAUCUGAAGGAAAAUGCAGAGCUUUUAAGCAACAAAAUGGACAAAUCAGACAAUGGCUUCUCGCCAAGGCCUAUUUGCAAUAAUGGGUAUGACAGGCCUCAUAUUUUAAUAGAGAUGAACACUGAUGAUACGGUUGAGGGGUAUAGUCAUACACAACUGGACUAAGACCAUAAAAGAGAGUGGAUUAGAAUUAUCUGCAUGGUUGUUUGUUACAUGUUGACCAAGGAGAAAAAGCACUAGUUUACAGGAUCACCAAAAACACUCAUUAGAUGAGUUAGCUAAUACAUUCGUAAAACCUUUAAGCAGUAAAUCCCAUUUCCAAGCCCCUUUCACUUACUAGUACACUUGGCAAAUGAAAACAUUCAGCAGAGUUGUUUGUCUGAUAGCAAUAACAUGUUUCAAAAGUCACACCAUGUGUAUUCAUUUGUAAUUUAAUUGAAUCAAUUUUUAGGUUGGUAGUUGACGAUUGGUUACACCGUGUAACAAUUUUUUUUUUUUUUUUUGUUCCUGGGUAGUAAGUGUUAUUUCCUAAUUGC